AUGGAAGAGUUGUUCAAGGACGUGGCCAAGUGGCCUGAAAUCACUCAAGAGUUUACAGAAGCUGCCAAGUCACUGGAAGUUGGUGAGUUGGUCACAACUCCUGGCUUUAACCUUUUUUCAGGCGUCCAAUCUCUAGAAAUGACCCAUGAUCGCAUGGAUACUGGCCGAUUCUAUACUCCUCUUGCAGAUGAAGUUUCUAAGAUGCCACCAAUUUCCAGCGCAAGCGACUUGAACGAGGUUAUCGACUUGUACGUGGCUAGAGAGGCUGCAUGGCACACUGGAAGCCACCCGAUCCAAACCUUUUUAAGCUGUCUUUAUGUUGAAGAUAUGCUUACCUCUAUUUGUUGCAUGUCGCGAGAUCCCCAAGGCUCACUCUUUGCUGCUGCUCUGAAACAAGAACUUCUUUCUCGUGCCAUCACUGCCUCAACGACAACCAAUACUACUACCCCUAGCACAUUGUUACCCGAAGAAAAACAAACCAAUGUUUUACCAAAGAUAGUCGCACCCAUCUCCCAGUUUGUCAACACACCAGAACGUAUUCCUAAUUACAAGAACGAGCUUGAAUCGUUUUUUGGAACUGCUUCUACAUACUAUCUUUUAGCUCUUGCAUAUUUCCUGGGUGCCAUCAAAACUGCAGACUUGUGUUUGGACCAGUAUUCGCGAGCAGCUACAUUUGUUUACGGAGAAGAAGACAUUGGACUCACCAUUUUUGAUUUAACCCUGUUUCAUAAUACCGAACCCGCCGAGGUCAUGGGUGUGCUUGCAGCUGCACAAACUCUUUUGGCAAACGAACAGAAAAUUGCUUUGGAAAAGGAAGAAUUUGAACUUAUUAACAGUGACGUUACUCCUGUAAAAAAACAAGCUCCUAAACCCAAAUCUAAGGGUAAAGGUGGUAAGGGUAGCAAGGGAAAUAAGCAGCAGCAGCAGCCGCAACAACAAUCCCAGACCAAGUCAACCAAGAUUAAUUUCUCGACAACUUCUACAGACAUUAAAAACACAUCUUCCCGGUUUACUCUUUGUGCAACCUUUUUGCAGAUUCUCACGUAUCUCCCCCAACUUGAAUCUGAAGCUACAUUCACGCAGGGUCUCUCUACGGUUGACGAAAUAUUGUUGAGCUUGCCGUCCAGCAAAAAGAAGAGCAAGUUUGAAAAGAUUUUUUCCAAGGGUAUGCAAAGCCGAUGCAACAACUUUAACCCUGUGCGUGAGCUCAGCUCUCUUUCUGUACAGGACGGAUAUACAACUUUUAAAUCGAUUUUAAAAACCAUCAGCUCAUUUCGGCCACUUCUUGAUAUGGCACGAGGGGCCCCGAAUGCCGCCCCGAAAACAUCGGGAAGCUUGCGUUCGUUUUUUGUGGCAUUUGGAAGCAGCAAGCCGACAUUGCCAAUUUCAAGCGGUGUAGAUGCCGGGAAACCAACACAGUCGUUGCCAAUUGCCCGUGCUGCACUACACAACUUGACUCUGGAUCUGGACAAGAGCGAGAUUCUUGGAGAGCCCGUGCUGGAAUGGGUACUGAGAGACAUGAAGGAAAUUAGCUGUGCACCUUACAUGCGUGUUUUACUUAACAAUAGCAUAAUGCGCAGCAGUGAUAGCCCAAUUGAGAUUGGCGGUCUAGAUGCACUGGACGAACUGCGCCCAAAUAUUGACUUGUUUUUGGAAAAUGCACAGUACUGCUAUGUGCAAUUGCUAUAUGCAUUUGUGUGCAACCGUGCUAGACAACGACAGAUGUUGUCACACGCCAUCAUUCUGUGGGACUCAUUGGAGGUUGCUGGACAAGAGUUGGAGAAUGCAGUGACACCUAUGCUUGUUGAUAUUGGAGAACCUUUGGAGCAGUACACUGUGCAAAAUGGUGAAACAAAUGAAUCGGGCAUGUCUACCCAGCGGGCGUUCCCGUUAAUUUUUUGGGCCGGCAUUCGGCGGAUGCUGAUUAUAGAGUGGGUAAUUUUGAUGGGCUUUGAACUUGAUAUUUAUCGACCAUGGGAGUACGCAUUUAUGUACGACUACGCAGAAGAGGUGACUCUGGCUUUGCUUGGGUACUUGAAUGAAUCCGUUUCCUACGUUUCAGAUGCCAAAGAGUUCCGUAAAUUGGCAGUACUGGGAUCUCAAAACUCAAGAAAGCCGUUGUACAAGGGUGACCCUGCGUCGUUCUACGCGGACGCAGAUGGAGCAUUGGCAUAUAUUCAAGGGCUAAUUUAUGAACAAGAGAUUAUCAAAGAGCUAUGCGCGUCACAACGGCGGCUGGUGGAAGCUGGCGUGCUUUUGGGGUACGUACCAUUACCUGUGAGCUCCAAGUUUACGACACUACAGCUACAAUAUGGGCUGCGGAUGAAGCCAUUUUCGUCGAUUGGGUAUCCUGCACCACCAGACCUUGAUUUCAGUCGAGCAGCGACCGAGCCAUUCCGGGCGGCUCCUGAUGAGCAAAUUCCAGGAAAGGACAUGCCAGCAACACCAACGAGGGUUAACAAGCGGCUAAUGUAUGCGAAGCUUAAGGGCUCGCAAUUGCAGCGGACGCUGGGAGAAAUGUUGCGGCCAUUGUUGCAGCAACAGCAGCAACAGCAGCACAAACACUCGUCAUCGUCGUCGCAAUCUGGACUGGCAUCUUCAGCAGUUGCAGACCUAAGCAACCUGCGCAAUUCGGCAGGCAAGAUAGCUGCUGGAGCUGAGCAAUUGGAAAAGCAUUUGAAGAGUUCUGGAGGGUUUUCUGGGCGCAAGAAGUACAAUGUGAGUGUGAGCUUUGAAGAUUGCAAUCCAUGGUUCCCUGGGCUUGUAUUUGAACGGGUGUAA